UACCCCGCAACCAACCAGAUCCCUCCCGACUCGUCCAUCCCCAAAGCCUGGCUCGACAAGCUCGCCUCCAUCCACCUCCCCUCCGACGUCCCCGUAUCUACCGGUACCCCUCUCCCCGCCUAUGGCUCUCGGUCAAAAUCAGACCCAGCCAUCUGCUCCUUCACGUACGAAUGCCGGAACCCCGAAGAUCUCUACGCGCCGACAGCGGGGAGUAUCAGCUUUACGUUUGAUGAUGGUGUGUCGGGCGGGUCGGACUCGUUGAGGAAUUAUAUGGCCGGGAUGGGGACGAUGGGCAAGGCGACGCACUUUAUGAUUGGAAGUUAUAUUGCGAACGAUAUGGAAAAGUUCAAGUCGGUCGCUAGUGCUGGUGCUCAUAUCGGUGUCCACACCUGGUCCCACAACUACAUGACCACCCUCACCAACAACCAAGUCGUCGCCGAGCUCGGCUGGACCAUGCAGAUCAUCUCGGACCUCAACGGCGGCCGUGUCCCUCGUUUCUGGCGCCCACCCUUCGGCGACGUCGACAACCGUGUCCGCGCCAUCGCCAAAGGCGUCUUCGGCCUCGAGACCGUCAUCUGGAACCACGACACCGGGGACUGGAACCUCGACCAAGGCAACAGCUACACCAUCCCCUCCAUCAUCGCCCAAUACACCCAAUGGCUCGGUGACAAGUCCCAAGGCCUCAAUGUGCUCGAGCACGAGGUCCGGCCCAGCCAGAUCGAGGUCUUCAAGACCAUCUACCCGCUCGCGCAGCAGAUGGGAUGGAAGGUUGGGAAUGUGGCGGACAUGUGGGGGAAGCCGUGGUACCAGAAUGCGGCGACCGGGAAUGGGACAGUCACGCCCAUGUCGGUCGGUGCGGGUGGGGCUUCUAUUGCGGCGGCUUCGUCUUCGGCUUCGGCGUCAGCAUCGGCAAACUCUACCUCGGCGGCAUCUACCUCGAGAGCCAACUCUACCUCCGCUUCCUCAUCCUCCACAUCGGUCUCGGCGAGC